AUGCUUCGCUCUUUAUUAUUACUCAGCCUGGGAUUGCUCUCCACCGCUCAAUUCACAAACAAUCCCAUAAGCAACGCCACAAGCUCGGACUGUCCCACCGAAAACGGCGCUCACAUCAUCGUUGCGCGAGCAUCUGUCGAAGCGCUGGGCUAUGGAAUUAUCGGCCAAGUCAAGGACAAUGUGCUGAAGCAAGUGCCUGGCUCAACUGCUGAAUUCGUCGUCUACCCAGCAACACUGAAUGACUACUUCAACUCCGAAACCGACGGGGUCGUUGGCAUGAGGAAACUGAUCGAUGCAUACGUGGCAAAAUGCGCCAACGCACCGCUCGUCCUGAUGGGCUACUCUCAAGGCGCCCAGGUCACGGCCGACUCGCUGGUUGGUCAACAAGUCGCUGCGUUCCCGCCCAACAGCACCGUCAGCCAGCCUCUUCCAGACAGCACAUUGGAAAGAGUGGCAGCGGCUGUGAUCAUGGGCGACCCGACCUCGAACCUGACUGAAUCUUUCCAUGUGGGAAACGCGACCAAGAAUGGCAUUUUUCCCAGAAAGAACGUAGCCAACUUCGAGGCCACCGGUCUCGCUUCGAGAAUGAAGAGCUACUGCGACGAAGGCGACCCAUACUGCGCAUCCGGCAAGUUCUCAGAGAUCUCGGUGCACCUGAGAUAUGUGCAAGAGUAUGGCGCAGAGGCGACGCAGUUCGUGGUGGAUCAGAUCAAGGCGUACUAUGAGAACGGCACGACUACCGCAUCGAAUGGAACAUCGACUGGAGCACCAGCAGCGACAUACACUGGAUCAGCAUCCAGCGCGCGUUACUCAUCGGUGGCGGGAGUUGUGGCUUUGGGCGCAGUCGUCGCCUACUUGUUGUGA